UCGUGUAGUAAAGCAACACAAAACAACAACAAUCUUUUGAGAAAGUUUACUGGACUUCACAAAACAAUCACUGACUUUGCAAAACAGUGCUGUCCGGCGCAAGCAAGUUCCUUCAUAAUCACAUGCGAACAAAUAUUUAACUAACUUUUAUUAGUUAGCCAACGAUCGACGUUUAAUUUAACUUGUUCAGAUUCAGAAACUGAACCAAACUCAACUGCACCAACCACAAGAAAAAGAAUGCCCGAGCCAGCAACCGGCAUGAUGACGGGAGAAACCAGAGUGUCUUCCGCACCAACACCAGGCACUGCCCGGCUGGAUUCACAGCCAACUAUCGGCAGCAACUCUGGCAGGUUUAGGGAAAGGAAUCCAGAUAUGAUUGCGGCUGGAAAACUUAUUACAAUGGCUGGAGAAACUACUAGAGAUUGUCUCAACAUAGAAAGAGUUCAAACUCCAGACCAAGUGAAAAAGUUCCGUAACUUCACCCAGGCUGAACCCCAAGUACGGAGAGUGUUUUAUGGGAAAGCUUUGGAUCCGGAUAUUGCUUCAACAGUUACCCACGGAGUCAAAACAAAACCCUCCGUCUUUGCUGGAGAAUUGGUCAACACCGACCCAAAGUCAUUGUUCACCCAAAGACUAGCAGACAAGAAAGAAUCAUCACUAUAUCUAAGCAAACAGAAAGCUCCUCUUGGAAGAUCACAUGACCAGAGUCCAGGGUUACCCAAGGGUAUGGACAAGUACCAGGCUACCUUUGGCAUUCAGAAUGUAUUUGAUGUGACAGCAGGAGAGCUUGUCAGCCCCAAUAAACCCUACGGCCAGGUCAUGGAGGAGAGUGAAGAAGGUCGCGAGCUUUACAAGACAUCACAUCAUGAGUUUCACGUCGGUGAGGCGGUGGAUCGGAAUUAUGACUGGAGCAGGUACCCAAAGGACAGUCUAUUCGGUAUUGCAACGCCUCAUGAAAAUGAUGGAAAGCACGUCAAGAACACACUGAAAUGGCUUCGAAAUGACCAACUUGACAAGGGAACCAAAGUGGUUGCAAAGAGAGUAGAUGACUUCCGAGAGCGUACCCAGCCACAACUCGGCCUGGUACAUGACCCUAUCAAGGAGACCAUGCGGGUCCCUCCAGACCAUACCUAUGGGAUCUUAAUCAAACCUGAUGAGUUUGGAGCUGGAGAUCUGAUGCACGGCAGGAAUGAAGGAAGUUAUCUCAGGGGUCAUGAUCGACAGAGGGGACUUGUAGCGGCAAUCAGACAACAACUUAAGAAAGCAAACUAUCACAACUUCAAUGAUCUGCAAGCAGCUUUCGAUCACUAUGAUAAGAAUAGAGACGGUAAAAUCGACAUUCAGGAAUUGAGGUCAUGCUGUGGACAAUUCAACCUUCCCAUUGAACCUGAGCUUCUAGAGCAGCUUAUACUCUACUGUGAUAACAAUAAAGAUGGCUACAUUGACUACGCUGAGUUUGCAAACUUCUUAAACUGGAAAGACAAGAUGCAGCAAGGAGUGGAGGCCCCAGAGGCUAAGGAGCAAUCUGAGGAGGAUGUAGGGACACUCAAGAAACAAAUUGAUCAGUCGAUUGGUGAGCAUCGGACCUCAGCAUCGAUGAUUAAUGCUGUCGUUGGAGGAGUUUCAACUAAAGAUCAUAGAUUGUAUGGAAUUGCCACAAUUCGGAGUGAUUUGGCUGCCCCAAGGAUCAAAAGAAUAAGUGAUACCAAGAACUACGGAGACGAAUCUGAUGCCUUUGGUUUGAUGAACCCAUCUAUGUACAGCAAUAGAGGCGUCUAUGAAAAGGAUUUCUUUCAAGCAAGACCGCAGAACCAGAUAAAAGACAUCUUUACUUCCGUUGGAGUUCAAAUGGACAACGAUACCUUCCAGAAAUUGUGGAAUGUUGCAUCGACCAGGUCCGACAAUGGUCAAGUCAGCGUGGAGAGUUUCCGCAGCGUUUUAGACGAAGUCCAAGCCAGUCAGUACGUGGAGUCCUCAUAGUAAAUAUAUUACAGUUAAACAUACAAUAAUGUGAGUCAAUAAGUCACCUAUUAUCUUUGCAGCUUUUACUUUCAAAUAGAGCCCCAAGGAAUAUUGCAGUAUUUUGUUUCCAAAACCCUGCCGGAUUAAACCUGUACUUUGAAAGGUGGUUUAGAAACAUUUAAAGUGUUUUGUUGCAUUGAUGAUCAAAAAAUCUGAUAUUCACUUGAAACCCUUGGCAAUAGAAAGCUGAAUCCAACAGCAUUAUUGGUAUGCCUGGCCAUAGGUCAAGUUUAGGGAGCGUCUUGAAAGUCAGGCAAGUUCUAUGUGCAAAUGAAUGUUGCCAUAAGCAUUCUGACACCGACGAGAACAUUCCAAACUAGAAAAUAUGCGCAUUAGCUGUCCAGCAGACUGCACUAUGCACACUGGCUGGAAAAUUUAACCGAUCAAAUUAGAAUAGUUUUACUGUUGAACUUAGUAAUAAUUUCCUCCAUUAAAACCAAGCGAAACAAAGGUAUGGAUUUUAUAGUCUUCAGGGACCUUUUGGUGCACAACUUCCUCAGUAAAGCCUUGCAAGUCAUGACAAAGUACAAUCUUUGAUCAAUUCACUACCAAUGAAUAAAAAUGCAACUAUGCAAAAUAUGUGUCAAAAUGGAACCGUUUGUGAAUUUUGUUUUGAAAUUACAAAUUAAAGCAAUUUUUCAUAUAAAUUCUGUUUCCUGAUGUUGUAAUUUGGUUCAAAUGACAUGAUUUCAGGUUCAUAAUUGCAACACAGAAACAAAUACGGGAUGGUACAAAAACAUG